ACAAACUCCGGGUCAGACUCUUGAUAGUGAGGACCGUUCAAUGGAGUCAUGCUGCUGAAAGGAAUCAUAUAGAGUGCCAUAAGCGCAUGCGCUUGGACAUCUGCAUGUAAUAGCUUGGUGCGCUGACGACGCAAUUGAGACUUUUUCGCAACUGACCAUCUGAAGCUUCGACCGCGCGUCGUCGUCGUUCAGGGUGCAAGCUUUCGAUUGCGGGAGCUGUUGUGCACUAGCUGAAGCAUGCGAAUCUGCUUCUUCAUACGACUAAUCAGCAACCAUGUCGGAUGCUGAAUUGAAGCUGCUAAAUGGGGUUGAACUCAGGUUCGCGCUGGCAAACACAGAUGCAAAGCUUCAAAAACUUCUCUCUAUCUACCUCUGUCCCGUUUUACUGAAGCUCGACAGUAACCAUGUGGACGUGCGCUCCAAAGUCCAUCAAAUCAUCGCAAUGCUUGAUGGUCGCCUACGCGAGUCUCAGAAUAUUUCACUGCCGUUUGAUGCUCUUCUUGCGCAAUACAAGAACAACGCCUUGAGCAGUUCAUUGAAGGGCGUCACGUUGGCCCUGCUCAAGACGGCUCAGGAGCGCUCACAAGUCACGAGUAGCACCUUGAGUCAGCUGUUCGACGGAAUACACUCUGCAGAGCAAGAUCAGCAGCAAGUCCUCUUUCAGCUGGUAUUUAGAAUCCUGAAAGAUAUUCGUGUCCCAUCUUCGCCAAACGAAGUCAAGGCCUUCGUCGGUGAACAUGCCAUCACUGAUGUGAAUGAUCAAAUAUGCGCAUCGAAAGUAUUCUGCAAGCUGAUGUUGCUGCAUCUAGGUGCUUUUGCCAUACGCCGAGCAGCUCAAUUUGACGCAGCCAGACCGCCUUCCCUUCCAAGCGCACCAGCUGAAACUGCAAUUCGAGUCAGGGCAGCCUUGAUAGCCUUAGGUUCCGCUGAUGGCACUGCGUCUCCUUUGCAAGGUAUCAGCCAAAGCGACGCCGAUUUCCUCGCACCGCAGGGUGCCAAAACAUUCACCGUCGCGACACUGAAUCAAACAAAACUUGGCGUUCUUCAGUUCUUAUCGGUCGAUGUUAUGCCUGCCCGACUGCGCUUUCCUGUUGCUUUGCUUGGCUCCUUCGACCUCGAUCCCAAAGUACAACAGCUUGCAACAGACAUCAUCAGAAGAAAGUGCGACGUGGAUUGGGAGGAUGCAGCGCUGGUGGAAUUCGUCUACGACAUGCUUUCAUGGGGCCAGUCUCGAUCUGGACAAGAUGAGACAAUGACGGGUACUGAUCUAUGCCAAAUAAAAAGACCUCUCAGCACGCCCAUCCGCAUCAAGUUGCUUCAAUUGUUGUCCAAGAGUAAAGUGGCAGUAGCAUCAUCGGAUCAGGCGCUUGCUGUCAUGCUUGACGGGUUUCAGGCGAAGCAAGCGAAGCUGACACAAGCCACAGUAGGCUUUGUGCAUUGGUUCGCUCGAACGGCAGAGCUUGAUGGCUUGCAACAGCUCACACGGCCGAUUCUGAUACAUCUAACAAACCACUUGAAUACAACAGAGGAAUCUGAGAGCUCUCGGGGGUUUGCGUACAUUGCUGUCGGGUUGCUAGCAAGCAGGGAUGUACAAUUCACACAGCAAAAUCCUGACCUUAUUGGCCACCUCUUUGCAAGUUUAGGUCGAGCGAAGCCCGAUGUCAGGCUAGCGAUCGAAGAAGCUUUGUCUAGUUGCAUCAACACCUUUCGCUUUGCCUCUUCAGAUGCCCUGUACGAGCUGAGGAAGAUUUUGCUCAAUGUGGUCGUCAAUGCACCGCCUCACACACAUGCUACCGCUGUGCGAUUUGCACUCAACUCCUUCUCCUUCAGUGACGUUGGCGCACGCUUUAUAUGCUUACUUGCGGCACGUAACGGUUCCAAACCAGAAAUCCAGCAGGAAGCAAGAAGAGGCCUUGAUCCACACCAAUUUCGACUCUUCAACCGCAUGAACGAUUUGAGUCUGUUACCAUCAAAAGAGCAACAGGAAGCCGACCAGCACCGAUACGAUUUGCCAAAUUUUGCAGACCUUGUCACGUGGCCUGUUCAAAAUCUCGUACAUGGGGAAAUCCUCGACCUGUCGACCCUAGAAGAGCUGAGCCAAGACGUCGCAGAGUCUUACAUUUCCUUCACUCGACGUAUACUUGUUUUUGAAUUGCUACAGAAAGAACAGGCACUUGCGAUCGAUGAAAAUUGGGCGACCAAGAUUGACAAUGCAAUCGAAAAUGACGUCGAGGCUAGGUCUAUCAUCAGCAGUGCUCUAAAAUGCUGUGGCUCUGACAUGUCUGCAAGUCUGGCAAGAUUUGAAAAGCUUGUCGUGCACUUCUGUCUCCAGGGGAGCAAAGCAGCCGUGUCUACGGCUCUUGAGUUACUUGUGUUGGGCUCAAAUAUAAAGGAGCCUCUCGGGCAGGAGCUUGCUGCCAUUCGAGAUCUUUCUCUGGGUGCAGCAUCUGAGCUGCAAUCACAAUACUGCAAGAUGCGAGCAUUGAUCAGCGUCGAACUUGGCGAUACGGAGAUUCACGCAGAGAUCACUCGAGCACUCGAAAUCUUGCAAAAACCAUCAGAGUCUUUCAGCAAACGGUACGGGACGUUAAUGUUUCUGCCAUUUUUCACUCUCCGCUUGAAGCUGGCAGGGAAAAGUCUUGUCAGUACUGAGGUGGUUUCACUGAUCCAAGAAUCGAUGAUCAGUGGCUUGGACGAGCGCGAUAGUCGACUGUGCGAAGCAUCGCUUGAUGGGCUUGCUCAAUUAGCAUUACUUGGUCUUCCGGCCAAGGUUGACUUAACUAUCUUGCAGAAGCUUAUCGGCAAAUCGACUGAUCCCCGUAUCAAAGAAGCCGCUGUCGUAGCGCUUGGCUUCAUCUCCCUUGGUUUCAAGGAGUCUGACAAAGAACUAAAGGACCUUAUCAAGUUUCUCCUCGCUCAGCAAGACUCAAAUGCAAUCGACUUGUACAUUGCAACGGGAGAAGCGCUUGCUAUUGCAUUUGGCGGAUUUGACACGUCGAUUGUACGCAUCAAGCUAGCCCUCUAUCCAGAGGCCACGGUUCCGAGUAUCGGACGAGACGCCCUUUUUGCUGAAGCGCUGGACGAGAUUCUUUCUGUUCAUAUUCGCUCACCCAAGAAGCUUUGUCGCAAGGCAGCCUGUCUUUGGCUUUUGACACUCGUUCAAGUGCUCAAGCACAGCUCUGUGUUUGAAGCUCGACUUAAGCCAAUUCACAAGGCCUUCAUGUCUCUUAUGGCUGAUCAAGAUGAGUUUGUUACGGAGUCCGCCAGCCAAGGCAUCCAGCUCGUCUACAAGCAGAGCGAUCAGAGCACAAAGGAUGAGCUUGUCUCUAGCCUCAUGGGCACCUUUGCAAGUGAUAGUGCUGCAAAGGCCGCGGCCGGAAAUAUUGGCAUGUCCUCAGAAAGCGAGCUGUUUGCUCCUGGAACACUCUCGGUUGGUGACAAUAACAAUGUCUCUACAUACAAAGACAUCUGCGAUCUUGCCGUCGAUAUGGGCAACAACGAGCUUGUCUACCAAUUCAUGUCAUUGGCAUCGUCUGCAUCCAUCUGGUCGACAAGACGAGGCUCGGCAUUGGGUCUCAGCUCAAUCUUAGCUAGCUCUGGUGGCAGCAGCAUUCUUGCCAACAACCCGGCGCUGCUCAAGCGACUCGUUCCUCGUCUAUAUCGCUACAAGCACGAUCCAUCAAAGACGGUGGCCAAGACCAUGAAUGACAUCUUUGCUCAAAUUUGCCCCGAUGAGAAGGUAGCGCUGAAGGAGCAGUUUGAUGAAAUCAUGCGUGAAUUGUUGAAGGGUUUGACAGACAGAGCUUGGCGAACAAGAGAGGCAAGCUGCAAUGCUUUGGUCGGGCUGCUCCUUGGACGCAAUAUGAAUGACCUCGAGCAGUACACUGAACAACUCUGGCAGACGUCGUUUAGGGUUCUUGACGAUGUAAAAGAGAGUGUCCGAGUGGCAGCUCUGGGUCUUUGCAAAAGCCUUACCAAGCUUGUCCUGAAAGGAGUAUCUGGCGAUGGUUCAUCUGGCAAGACUAUGCUGGACGCUGCUCUGCCUAUCUUCUUGCGAAAUUUGAAGAGUCCUUCAUUGGAAGUGAGUUCGUUUUCUCUCGAGACGCUUUUGAAACUCGUCAAGGCAUCUGGUCGCGCUAUUCAGCCCUACUUGGCCACGCUUGUCGAGGAGUUCAUGCUUCUCACCACCAAUAUGGAGCCUGAAAUGCUCAAUUACUUGUCUUUCCACGCAGCCAAGUACAAUGUCACGCAAAGCCAACUUGAUGAAGCCAGACUGGCUUCUAUGCGCUCAAACCCAAUAAUGUCAGCAUUGGAGGACUGUGUCGAUCAGCUUUCCGAGGAGUCUGCUCCCGAGACGAUAUCUCGUCUAUGCAGUAUCAUUCGACAAACAAAUGGAUUGCCUACCAAAGCAGCUUGUGCUCGCUUCAUCAUCUCGUCAUGCUCGAGGAAACCGCACUUGAUGAAGCGCGAGGCAGAUGCUCUUAUUCAAGCGCUUUCCGGAAGUCUCAAUGAUGCCAGCGAGACUACACGAACUGCAUACGCAGCUAGUGUCGGCUAUCUUGCCCGUUUGUGUGAUCCGAAUAAGCUACUCAAGCUCGUUGCGUUCUUGAGCAAAUCCUUCUUCAAGGCCUCCGAGCAAGAUCUGACUGAUGCGUUGCCACUUGUUCUCUCGGCCGUAUCGCAGAAUGCUCUGGAUCGAUUCCAGUCGCUUGCCACAAGCCUGGUGCCGAUCGUCUUCCUCGGCCUCCAUGAGCAAGAUGAACGCAUCAAGGGUCUAUUCAAGUCAAGUUGGGAGCGCUGCACGACUUCGAAAGCUGCUGCCGUGCGCCUCUAUCUUCCAGAAAUAUUGGUGCUCUGUGAGACACACUUGGUCUCGCCAGUCUGGCGUGUCAAGCAACUUGCUGCAAGGGCUUUGGCUGAUGCGGCGAAUGAUGCCAAUCUUGCCGAUGUCGACUUUGAGCGCAUCUUUACGCUUGUCGUGCAGGCGCUCACUGGUCGCUCAUGGAACGGAAAAGAACAAGUCUUACAGGCUCUUGUUGCUCUGACGAAAGGUCGUGCAGAGACACUGUCUAACGAGAAGCUUGAACUGACGAACGCUGCACUCCUCAAGGAGUUUCGUCGCACGAGCGCAGAUUACAAGCGACACGCUCUGUCAGCGAUGGCAAUCUACUUGAAGGCCAUGCCUCGUGCCAACAUCUUUGAUGAGGUUGCAGCAACGGUUGUGCCAUUCUUGAUGCAGACAUCCGGUAAAGAUGCUGAUGGCGAUGAUGAGAUGGUUGAUCUGGAUGAUGUCAAUGAGAAGGAUAAAGGACCAUUGCGACUAGUUGUGGUUCAAUCUUGCAUCGCGUGUCUACUUGGUGCUGUCCGACCUGGUACUGCUUCGCAAGUGGAGCAGCUUGAAGUAUGUGCCAAUGUGCUGGAACAUGUCUUCAAACAAAAUUACCCCUGGAAUGUCACUCUCCAGAUCCCAGAGUCCAUCACCGACCUCUACAAGAAGAUACAAGGUCAGUCAACAAUCCAGCUGGAGGAGGUCGGCUUUCGUCUCUGGAACAUUGUCGCCGAGGUGGCUGUGGACCAAUCAUACAUGACGUUGAGGGAGAAUGCAGUCAAGUGUGCUGGUGUCAUGUUGUCCACUGCAAGCAAUGAGCGAAAUGAUGGACUGAGGUCGCAUAUACUUGCGCAGGCGGCGAAGCUCAAAGCACAAGAGACCAAUCCAGCAAUUCAAACUGCCUGGGCUACAUUGCAAAGCGAAUGAAUAGCACGUACGCGUAUUUAAUGAAGCCUAAUG